UUGGGCAAUAGGUAAGGUGGAUAAUUAGGGCGGUAUAAAAAGGAGCAGAGGCACAGGUGCCUCCUAACGCACGACGCACAGAACUCCUCCGACCAAAGCAGGACGCUUCAUCAUCUACUUCAGUCAACCCCAGUUCAGUGCAGCUCAGUAUACGUAACUGUGCAUGAUGGAGUACCACAACGGCGUGGAAAUGAACGGUGUGACAGAGUUGCUGUACCAUAACGGCGACAGCUCCGUGCAGCAGAUGAAAAGGGGCGAAGCGUCUCGCGUAAAGUUGGAGGAGCGGCGAGCGGCGUCCAUGGAGUCAGCCUACUCCAACAUCCUGCGCGCUCUCGGAGAGGACACCGAACGUGAAGGACUGCUCAAAACUCCUCUCCGAGCCGCCAAGGCCAUGCAGUUCCUCACCAAGGGCUACCACCAAACCAUCUACGAUGUUCUUAAUAAUGCCAUUUUCGAAGAAGAUCAUGAUGAGAUAGUUAUAGUGAAAGACAUUGACAUGUUCUCGCUUUGUGAACAUCAUCUAGUACCAUUCUUCGGCAAGGUCCACAUAGGAUAUUUGCCAAGAAAGAAAGUGGUUGGCCUUAGUAAACUUGCAAGGAUUGUAGAAAUCUACAGCCGCAGACUGCAAGUACAAGAGCGUCUGACGAAGCAAAUUGCCAUGGCCAUUGCUGAAGCCCUGCAGCCUGCAGGAGUAGCAGUAAUAAUUGAAGCAGCUCACAUGUGCAUGGUCAUGCGUGGCGUGCAGAAGAUUAACAGCCGCACUGUGACCAGUACCAUGCUGGGAGUAUUCAGAGAGGAUCCGAAGACCCGUGAAGAGUUUCUGGCCCUGACCAAGAGCUGAAGGAGCUGUCCCACUGCUCCUUCAUAAAAGUCUCAUCUCAACAUGAAACACCAGCAAAGUGGUUUCACAUCUAACUGAUCCAUAACAUUCACUUCUUUUGGCAUCCACACAACCUAAAUGUGCUUGCUAUUAGGGCAACACUUUGCAAAUUACUGAAUAAUCUAUAUAUUUUUUAGCAGAGUAUGAGUGUCAUUUGGAGUAUACUGUAUUUUUUUUUUUUUUUACAACUUCAGGACUCUUCUCUGGUUAACAUUCAUGUACAUGCUGCUCCAGCCAUCUACUAGAUAAAAUGAUGUUAUACCCUCAUACAUCAACCCAGUCAUAAAUACUCUAUAAUAAGCAAUUAUUUUUGUUAUUAUUUACUUAUAUUAAAUUUAUUAACAUAAUCUUGAUUUGCAACAUGUUACUAUAUACAACUAAUUCUAAUUAUUGCCGCUUGAAAAAUGGAUAAAAUAUCUAUUUUUGCUUUAGUAGCAUUUUAACAAAGUGAUUUUACUGACAGUAUUUUUUAAUAUCUAAAUGACAAGCAUGUCUAAUUAUUCGACGUCUGCUCCUGUUAUUAUUAUGACAAAUUUCAUGCAAUCAGAGAUAUUUGAGUGGGUCUGAUCAAUCUUUCUUGUAUGAAUAUUUAUUGGAUCUGUAAAUGUACACAGGUCGACAUUCACUGUUUUUUUUUUUUUUUUACGAGAAUAAGUGUCUGAUCAGUUGACAUCUUUUCUUGGAAAAUAUAAUUGUAAAAAAAAAAAACCCAGCUUAUGAACACUGUUAACUGCAUAUCCUGAACAGCUGAGUUUUUUUUUUUUGGUAAGCCCACAAUUAAUUGAUCUCGAUCUGGUGCCUCUCCCAGCAACACUGGGAUUAAGACACACGCGCGCACACACACCUCUUGACACCUAGGGAUAAUUUGAGUAGUCUAGAGAACCCAGGGUAACAGGGGAGAACAUGUGAAACAGAGCUGUGAAAUGGCAAUGCUUUGAACAGAAAUAUUUAAAAGAUGUGACCUGUCAAACACAGCUGGACUGACAGAAACACUCCAAUCAUCCAAUUUUAAUUUUCAACCAAAAUUUCCCUUUGGUUGCGCUUGCUUGUUUAAUAGCAGGAUAAUUGAAGGGUAUGAUACUUUAUGAUUUGCUCAAUAGCAUUAUGACACUGUAAGCGGUUAGUAGUAUGACUAAAACUAAGAUCACAUUUUAAGGCCCAUUAAAUUACAAAUGCAUCAUUGAAUAUCUAACUUUCUAUCAUAAUUUAUUCAAAACGAAAAACCCUGUAAUAUACUCUCAAAACAAUAAAAUGUAUUAUUAUAACAUAACAUGCUUUUCAUCUUUUACCUUCACGUGUCAAAAACAAAUGUACAUCUACAUGGCUUACUCAAGCAUUUUAUUAGGGCAAAAACAUAUUUACAGCCAUAAAAUUAUGAGAAGCAGAAAAGAUGACAAUAAUAAUAAUAAAAACAAUAUUCAUGAUCAAAAUUAUUGGGUGCAGUGUACAUUAAACAGUUUAGAAUAACACACAACCUUACACAAUUCAUGUAAUCACACAAAUGGGAAAAGAAAACUGCCUCUAGCUAAAGAUGAUCUUUAAAUGUCAACAAUGGAACCUCAGGUUGAAUGUCGGUGAAUACCUGGUAAUAAAAUAGCAGGCACUGGCUACAGUAUGAUACAUGUGUGUGUGUAUAUUGUA